AUGUCGCUCCUCUUCAUUGUCCAAUUCCUUAUGGGCCUCUCCAUCCUCGUAGCGGCCUCCCGUCAAGCCUGGGCCUUUUCCCGCGAUGGUGCUCUCCCAUUCUCCCGCUUCUUUCGUCCCAUCUCGCAAAAGUUCGGUUACAUCCCUCUUCGCACGAUCUGGGGAUCGGUCUUCUUAGCAGCCAUCUUAGGUCUGUUAUCACUCAUCGCGCCAGCGGCUGCCCAGGCGCUGUUCUCGCUGGCGGUGGCGGGAAAUAAUUUGGCUUGGGGGAUACCUAUUUUUGCCAGGGUGGUUUGGGGCCAGAAGAAAUUCAAGCCGGGACCUUUCUACACCGGGGACAGGUUCUCAAUUCCGAUUGCUUGGGGGGCUAUUACGUUCUUGGUCUUCGGGACGCUGUUGUCCAUGUUUCCAGUUGAAGGACCGGAUCCUACUCCCCAAAACAUGAAUUACACUGUCGUCAUCAACUCCGCCGUUUGGUUCGGCGCCUUGGCCUACUACUACAUCGACGCUCGGAAAUGGUUCACGGGACCGAAGAUCACCAUUGAUACAGACGACUUGACAGAGGCGCAGCAGCAGGCCAUCGCAGAAGACGGGCUCGAGAUCAAGGGGCUUGACGAUGCGGUCCACGCGAAGGUGAGUGUGGACGGCAGCGGCAGCGGGAGUGGGAGUGGGAGCGAUGUCAAAACGGUGUGA